AUGGCUGGUCUUGACGACGAGGAGUAUGCGCAGAAAGGACUUGUUGAGCCGCAGUAUAUGGGCACGCUGGCAGAUCAGCGAGAUAUGAAUGCGCUUGGUCGAGUACAAGUUUUGCGAAGAAACUUUCGGUUUAUCUCUAUUGUUGGAUUUGGGUGCACUUUGAUCUGCACAUGGGAGGUCAUUUUGACCUUGCUGUCAGCUGGUUUGACCGACGGGGGCAUCGCGGAGAUGGCCUCGAUGGCCCCUACUGCUGGUGGGCAGUAUCAUUGGGUGUCGGAGUUUGCACCCAAGCGGGGACAAAAGUUCCUAAGCUAUAUCACAGGAUGGCUUUCUGCAAUGGGAUGGCAAUGCGCCAUCGUAUCCAUCGCUUACCUUGCUGGCACAAUCAUCCAGGGCCUCAUCGUCUUGAACCAGCCAGACUAUGAUUUCCAGCGCUGGCAUGGCACCAUGCUGGUGAUUGCCAUCUCAACAUUCUCAAUCCUAUUCAACACCUUUCUAGCCAAGAAUCUCCCCUUCGUGGAAGGAUUAAUCUUGAUUAUCCAUGUGGUUGGCUUGUUCGCCAUCAUCAUCCCGUUGUGGGUACUUGCACCGCGCAAUAAUGCUCACGCAGUCUUCACCACAUUCAAUAACGGGGGUAGCUGGGAUAAUUCCGGAACGGCGACACUUGUCGGCUUGUCCACAACUAUCACGUCUAUGCUUGGUUAUGAUUGCUCGGUUCACAUGUCCGAAGAAAUCAAGGACGCAUCAGAAACUCUGCCUAAGGCAAUGAUGUCCUCCGUCGCUAUUAACGCCGUGCUGGGGUUCGUGAUGUUAGUCACGCUGUGUUUCACAUUAGGCGAAGUCGACAAAGUCCUCGAUACCCCCACCGGAUUUCCAUUUAUCCAGAUAUUCUAUAAUACCACAGGCAGCAUCGCCGCAACAAAUGCUAUGACAGCCGUAUUGGUGGUAACAUUGACUGCCAGCACAAUCACCGAAGUGGCCACGGCAUCACGCCAACUCUGGUCAUUUGCGCGUGAUGAGGGACUUCCCUUUUCCUCAUUUUUCGCAUAUGUCACGCCAGGCUGGAAUAUCCCACUCAAUUCGGUGAUGGUAUCUCUAAUCGUUACAAUCCUACUAUCAAUGAUCAACAUCGGAUCGCAGGUCGCCCUGAACGCCGUGAUCUCACUAACGAUCACAUCCCUGCUCUCUGCAUACAUCGUCUCUAUAGCCUGUGUACUUCUGAAACGCCUCCGGGGUGAGCCGCUUCCGCACCACCGAUGGUCACUCGGGAGAUUUGGCAUGGCAGUAAAUGCCGGGGCAUUGGCAUUUCUCUGUCCAAUGUUCGUUUUUGCCUUCUUUCCUCUAUCGACAAAUGUCACGCCUGAAACAAUGAAUUGGAGCGUGGCAAUGUAUGUUGGCGUUGUUGGAUCAGCGUCGAUUUAUUAUUUGGCCCGGGGCAGGCACCAUUUCAUCCCGCCUGUGGCUUUAGUUCACCGGGACGAAAAUCGCUAA